GCGAUUUGUGUAUAGUCAUCUCAGUGUGCUCACGCCACACUCCAUUUGUAAACAUUCGCGGGAGAAAAAAAGCUCUUGAAUUUGAUUUUCAUUGUCGAUCGUAUGUUUUCUUUCACAUAUUUUGUUGUGUAUCAUUUCAAUUGCAAUUGUAAAUUGCAUUCGUGACAUAAAAACCGAAGCGAAUUGUUGCGACUGAAAUCAGUGUACCGUUGACUGGAAGCCAGAUUGGAUUCGGUUGGAGUUCCCGGAGUCACACAGUUGUGACAGUUUAUUGCUUUCAAUUUUAUAAACACAAUUCGCUAGCGAAACUUAGAAGUAGAAGGAGAAGUGGAGAAAACAGCACCACAAAUAAACAAACAAAUUACUUGAAAAAUAGUUUAAAACACAAUCGGUGAGCAUAGCGAAGAAAAAAAUGACUAAAUUACUACUGACGCUGAUGUUCUUGUUGUUUGGUGUCACAUUUUUAAAUGCUAAUGUCAAUGGUCAAGGAUGCGAUGAUCACAAGUGUAACGAGCAAAUACCGAAUCAUUAUUAUGAACUCGGUUGUCGUCCAAUUUACAAUGAGACCAAUUGUUGCCCAAUUAGAUUUGAGUGCCCGAAACUAGAAAACGACGGAAAAUGCCAUGUAAAUGGGAACUCGUACAAUCUCAACGAGAAAUUGUCGGAUUCUGAGGAGCCACUAUGCAGCGCUGCCUGCUAUUGUGCCAAGACAAUGGAUGGCAUGAAAUUUCGAUGUGCAAGCAUCGAGUGUCCAGAGGUAUUCAAUGGUCCAAAGCUGGAGUGCAUCUACCAGAGUCAAUUUGAUCGAUGUUGCGGCAAAUACGAGUGCAAUCGAGAUAAAAUUGUUGAAUUAUCACGUACACGAUGUUAUUUAGAGAACAAGGAAUAUGUUAAAGGGCAAAAAAUGUUUUCCGACCGAAUCGGCUGUCAUACAUGCAUAUGUGAUGAGCAUUGGAGCAACACAACCAUUGUUAACAAUCCAAACUGUCAAAAGGUGAAAUGUAACAUUGAAAUCUAUUAUGCGGACCGUUUAAUGGCCGGUUGCAUACCAAUCUACUAUGGAAAGUCCAAUUGCUGUCCAAUUGACUGGAAGUGUCCCGACCCAAAAGAUGAGAUAAUCUCAAGUAGUACGCAUCAAGUGACACUCAACGAUACACAAAUGAUGUGCAAUUUUGGCACUUUAGCGUUAAGAAUCGGCGACAAAAUCAAAUCGGAAAAGUAUUGUGUCGAAUGCAGUUGCCGUAUUCCACCGAUGAUGCAUUGCGUACAGAAUGGUCACUGCUAAACCGAAAGAGCUAAAAUUAUCACAAUUUUAUUUAAUAUUAUGUAUUCUAGAUGUGAGAAUGUUGUGCGUGUAAAUGAAUUUUCAUAAUUUCGAAUAAGAAAUAACGAAAUGCCACAGAUUGGUUUUUCUGUGCUCUUGGAUUUUAUUGAAGAAACAAAAGAAAAACCAUACGAAAAUAUAAAUACUUACAAAACCAACGAAAAUUUAUGAGUUUAUGAAUUUCAUUGCAUGCACUAGACGUCAUCGUUGGGCCAAUUAAAAUAAAGCAAAAUAAAAAUAUUGGCUUAUGAAUAUCCAUGGUUGCAUUGAGAGCAUUGAAAGUAGGUAACGUAAUUUCCAUCAAAUACCAUACACAAUAUUGAGCAACGAAGAAGAAAGACUAGACUGAAGGAGGGAGAGUGAGAAAGGCUGUAGAUUCAAAGUAUACUAAAGAACAGACGAAAAUGGUGGAAUGUCUGCAUAUAUAUUGUUGAUGGCUUUUAUUACAUGCGUUGUUUACUCUGCAUGUCGCUUGGGACGGGAUAGAAAUGGAGCCAUACCGACUCGAUAACAGAUUAACAUAACCGUUCGAAUAACACGACGCAAAUUCUUUCCAAUCAUUUGGCCAUGAUUUGUACUUUGAUUAGAGCACAGCUGAUCGACCCCGAUACAGGCGGAAUGUUUUGUCACCACAAAACACACUGAUCUGUCUGCUACGGUUCCUGCUUGGAUACACCCAUACACAUAUACACAUACACGUGGCACACGCAGUGCACCCAGCAACCAUCGGCAGAGAUGAAACGUCGCACAUUUUACAAACAUCUCUUGAAUACAUAAUAGUUUGGCUCAUCUCAUGUUGUCUUCAUAAAUACAAAUGCGUUUUGUGCUAGUGGAAAACUCGCGAUAUCUGUUGUUUUUUCCCUUCAUUUUCCAUUUCAUGUACAAUUUGCGAUACAUAACACACAUGCUAGGCAUGAGGGAAAGACGAGCACGUGUCACUUAACAUGGAGACGCUUUGAUCAUUGCAGAGAUUGGAGCGCGUGUUCGUGGAUGGAUAACAACGGAUUGUCGUGUCACAUGGCUGUGCAGUUCUGGUGAUAUUUAAUCGAAUAUACAUAUAUAUGGUUGGAAUACAUUAAAGAUCGAAGAACUUUGGAAGGAAGCAGAGUAAACGACACACCCCAACGAAAGCCUUUUGAUAUGUCCUCAUGAAAUCGAUGUGCUCGGUUUAUGUGUUGGUCCAGACGAAAAUUCCCUUGAGUUGAUAUGUAUCCAAUUUCAAAGUGAAUUAAAUAUUGAUUCUUCUAGGAAGCAAUCGAAGGGCAGAACAUGCUUUGGCAUAGCAAUGCCCAGGAAAUUCAAUGUCAUGCAGUUACUGUACAAUUGGCAUACCCAAUAUAUACGGUCUCCAUGUCAACGGGUCACAGGCUUGACUCAGGGAGGGUUAGUUCUAUUGCGUUCCAUUGACCAACACACAAUUGGCUAUGUUAUGUAUGCUAACCGAUCCAAAUACAUUAGCUGGGCUAGUGUGCUCUCUGAACACAUUUUCCUCCUCUCUCGAAAUUUUGUGUAUACAUAACGUGUGAACCAAUUCGAAUAUUUGGCUGAAUAGUGUUAUGAUGUCGCGUAUGUGAACUCAUGCAUAUUUUGGAUGGAAAGAAUGGAAUUGAUGCUAGUGCCAGAAUGAUUUGCGUCGCCUUUUAUAUUUCAUUCCAUGCAAAAAUGAGUGAGAGAGAUGAAAAAAACAAACACAACGACUACACAUUCAAACACUGGCACAGCAGCAGUUCUGCAAUAAAUGUAACGAACGAAAAUUCGCGACGACAUUGCGCCCCACACUGAAAGCAUACACAUCAUGCACACAUAGCAUACACAUUCCGAGCAUGACAUGGAAAUGGUGUGAACAGCAGCAUGCUUGUCUGUGUAUUUCCCAGAUAGAGAGAGCGAGCGAGAGCAUAUAUGAAAAAUCAACCGAGAAACGAACACAAAUAAAUGCGGAAGACCUAAAUUCGCGAAAAGUGGAAGAAACAAAAAAGAAUCAGCCAUACUCAUACGGACUCAGGCUGAGAGUGAAUGCCAUGUCGUUUCGAGUGCAAAGCACGAGAGUCUGCCUUAUAGCACACAACGAGCGUGUAUAUAUAGAGCGUGUUCGAUUCCGUUGAACUGGUUUCGAGUGUAGUAUUAUUGUGUGUGCUUUUGGAUUUGAUGUUUCCAUCGGGCGGUCGAUGCCCAAAAUCGAGUGCACGAAUAACAUUCAGUUCGAAUUGAACCACCCAAUCGUACAGUCACUCAUAUACUACUGUUCUUGUUCUUGUUCACACACUUUCUCUCUCUCACGUAUUCUUUCACAACUCAAGUUAAGUCCUCGAACAUCGUGUGAAAUUCCGCACUGCAAAGCCAACCAAAUUUGUUUAUCUCAAGCUCGGUGGUUUACCUUUUCCACUAAAUAGAGACUGUAAAGAGAGGGGAAAAAACAAAUCAAACGACCGUUUCUUUUCUUUUUCUCUCUCCGUGUGUGUGUUCACUUCCAAUCAAUCUCAAUUUUUUUGUUGUUUAUCAUCACUAAAUUUGUACACACUUCUUUACCUUGUUCGGUCGAACGGAAUGUAAAUAAACUUUGAAAACGAAAACAAUUUUGAAACUCGUAAAAAGAGGAAGAAAAAUAAAACAGGCACACACGAAAAAAAA